AUGUCUAUUUAUGUGAAAAAAAAUCAUGUUAUUUUCCCCUUUCUUGGUAGUCAUCUCCUCCACAUGGAAUCAGAAAAUAAUACAAAAUUUUCAAAAUUUCUUCUCAUGGGAUUUUCAGAGGAACCAGAACUGCAGCCCCUCAUAUUUGGGCUUUUCCUCUUCAUGUACCUGGUCACUGUGUUUGGAAAUGUGCUCAUCAUCCUGGUCGUCAGCUUUGACACCCACCUCCACACCCCUAUGUACUUCUUCCUCACCAACUUGUCCCUUGUAGACAUCUGCUUCACCUCUACUGUCAUCCCAAAGAUGCUGUGGAACAUCCAGACUCAGAGCAAAGCCAUAACCUAUGCAGGCUGCAUCACACAGAUUUAUUUUCUUGUACUCUUUGCCGUGCUAGACAUCUUCCUCCUGAGCAUGAUGGCCUAUGACCGCUUUGUGGCCAUCUGUCACCCCCUGCACUACAUGGUCAUUAUGAGACCCAGGCUCUGUGGACUACUAGUCCUGGUGUGCUGGAUCCUGAGUGCCCUGCAUUCCUUGUUAGAAAGCUUAAUGAUGUUGCAGUUGUCCUUCUCUACAGAGGUAGAAAUCCCCCACUUUUUCUGUGAGCUCAAUCAGAUGAUCCAACUUGCCUGUUCUGACACCUUUCACAAUAACAUGGUGAUGUACUUUGCAGCUAUGCUGCUGGGUGUUGGUCCCUUUUUGGGGAUACUUUACUCUUACUCUAAGAUAGUUUCCUCCAUAUGUGGAAUCUCAUCAGCUCAGGGCAAGUAUAAAGCAUUUUCCACCUGUGCUUCUCACCUCUCAGUUGUCUUCUUAUUUUACUGUACGGUCCUGGGAGUGUAUCUUAGCUCUGCUGCUACCCCGAGCUCCCACUCCAGUGCAAAAGCCUCGGUGAUGUACACGGUGGUCACGCCCAUGCUGAACCCCUUCAUCUACAGCCUGAGGAACAAAGACGUUAAAAAGGCUCUGAUGAGAUUCUCUGGGAUGGCAGCUAUAAAAGGGCCAAUUGUCCUGUGCUGA